CUAUUAUAAAAAAAAAAAAAAAUUCUUUCAAUUUGAAGUUCGUACUAAAAUCAGAAAGAUCGGCGUCUCACCAGAAUUCCGUCGCCGGCGACUAUGGAAUCCUACGACAACAAGCAGGUGGUGGUGAUGAUCACCGGCUGUAGCACCGGCGGAAUCGGUCACUCCUUGGCUCUAGCGUUCGCUUCCGCGAGGUGUUUGGUUGUAGCCACUGCUCGAUCUCUUUCCUCAAUGAUUGAUCUCGCCGACGAUCCUAGAUUCUUUCUUCAAGAGCUCGACGUUCUGUCUGAUGAAAACGUCAAUAGUGUUGUCUUCAAUGUUUUGGAGAAGUUUGGACGCAUCGACAUCCUCGUUAACAAUGCCGGAGUUCAGUGCAUUGGUCCUCUUGCUGAACUCCCUCUGUCCGCUCUUCAGCAAGCUUUUAACACCAACACCUUCGGUUCUUUGCGGUUGACCCAAGCUGUGAUACCUAACAUGGUGUCAAGGAAGAAGGGAAAGAUUGUGAACAUUGGGAGUGUUACAGUUAUGGCCCCAGGGCCAUGGGCUGGUGCCUACACUGCAUCUAAAGCUGCUUUACAUGCAAUGAAUGAUACAUUAAGAUUGGAACUUCGGCCAUUUGGAAUAGACGUGACACUGGUUGUCCCGGGGGCAAUUAAGUCAAAUUUGGGAAAUUCAGCUGCAGCAGGCUAUAGUAAGAUGCCAGAAUGGAAGAUUUAUAAACCGUAUGAGGCUGCAAUACAUGCAAGAGCAUAUUUCUCUCAAGGGUCAAAAGCAACACCUGCAGAUGAGUUUGCGAAGAAGGUAGUGGCGGUUGUUAUGAAGAAAGAUCCGCCAUCUUGGUUCUCAUCUGGUCAAUACUCUACUAUAAUGGCGAUAGUAUAUCAUCUACCUCUGUUUUUGAAAGAUUUUCUUCUUAGAAGGGCAAUGAAAUGUUGAAAAUUUGUUAUCUUUUGUUUUCCCUUUCUUAGGAUUGGGGAAGAAUUACAUGGAUGUUAUGAACUAAAUUCUUCCAGAUAUUUUAAUUUGUGGAAUAAAGAUAUUUAUUAAAUAAA